AUGGCCAAGAGUGUAAGUCAAUCUCCAACAAAUCUGAAAGAGGCAAUAGAUUGGAUAUUGCAAGUGACAGGAAGGUGUGAUCAGGGUAGUCUCGCCAAGACUGGUAGCGAUGGCACUAAGGAGUUGGCCACGGCUGUAAAAAAAAUAUUCGAGGUGGAACUUGGCGCCGGUGAUAAGAGUGUUCUUGCAGAAGUCAUAAGGGAAUUGGGAAAGGAUUCUAGCAUCGCUGGUCCUGAUAAUUUGAUCAAACAAUUGGCAGAUAAGUUGGCGAGUUUCGUUGGUUAUAAGAAUGGUAAGACUGACGGAAAGACUGGUAUUGCUGCUCAAGGUUAUUCGUCAUCAUAUAAUCCAGAUUCUGUCAAAUGGAAUGAAACUAAUAAACAACUCUACGCCAAAAUAUUUCUUGGCUGCAUCCCCCUAAUAUUUUCUGCUCUCAGUUAUCUUUAUUGGCAAUGUAAUAAGAGUGAUAAAAAGAAUGGUAAGACGGCAUGGGUAAACCGGGGGCCGACCGGGGCAUGGGAGCAAAGAGCAGAUCCGAGGUGGACCACGCAGAAAAUAAACAACACCGAUAGUGCCCUCGGUGUAUUUAUGGUCUCCAUGGGAUAUAGCAAAGAUCAGCUUGCAUCAUGUUCGGGUACACAGGUCAAAGGAUUUCUUGAUGGAUCAACAGCUUUCCAUGAAUUCAGCCUUACCAAGGGUGCUAAAGUCGCGGGUCUUUAUUCACCGUAUCUCCAGAAAUUGUUUGCGAGCUCUAAGAACAAUGUUAAGCAGUACCCCCUAUCUCAACUAUACUUAGCAUCACAGUACUAUUUCCGAAAGCUGCAACGAAGGCGCUAUUUAACGCACCACGGUAAACCGUGUACUAUUCGUGAAAUGUUGUAUUGGUUAAUGGCUCUACCUUAUACCACGGUGUUUGCUAGUCUUAAUAAGGAUACAUUUUUCGCUGGAAAAGACAAGUCUAUUCAAUUUGUCAGGGGGCCUAAUACACAUAAUGAUGUCAUUAAGUUUUCUAGUCCUAAAUGGUACGUACUCCCACCUUGUUUUUAUUCAGCGUUCGUUCUACUGACUCUGGAAAGUCAAUUAAAUGGUAAUAAUAGGUCAGCAACCCAUAAUAAUACGCUGCUUUACGACAUAUACAUAAAUACCGAGUUUGGAUUUUGUUACCCAGACAAUGCCAGUGAGUGGUUUAGUAUGUUAUGGGAUGUGGUAUAUACUCUCACAUUACAACUCAAUUUCGUGAAACUCAAAUGUAGAACUAAUUUUUCUACGGGUUCUGGAUGGGAAGAUUGUAAGUAUGGGCGUAGCAUCAAAUAUGAUGGGAUUAACUCAUGGAUAUGUACUACAGCAGCGCAGCAUGUUACACAAUCAACAUCUCCACAUAAAUGUUCUACAGGGUGCAAGACCCAUAGCGAUCUAUGCGGACAAAACGGCAAACCAUCUCCCCUCCAAGCCUUUUUGUGUGAUGAGCUAAAAGGUUUCAAAUGCGAACACCCGGAGUCGAAAACGUCUAGCAUACCAUUACCAUAUAAUUCGCACGCCAAUCAUAUGUCUAACCGUUCUCAGUGGUGUCCGGUACCAAUGGGAUUUGCGUCACACCUUAAAUAUUCCAGGCGUGAUGGCUUCGACCUCUUUUAUAUGUUGGAAUAUUAUACGGACGACAACGUCGCCUACCCCAGUCUGUACAGUCUUGUAUUGUGUCUGUUAUGUGUUACCACAAGGACACCUCGGACAUUAGGUAGUCUAUUUGGCUUUUUUCGUAGUCUGGCAGCUGCAUAUACUACUUCGGUUUCCUAUGUUACUAAAACUACCAGUGGUAUUAGUGGUGGAAGUACUAAUCUGAAAACGGCUCUGCAAAAUGAAGUCAAUGGUUAUCCAGGCGCUCAUAACGGCGACAUUGUCACAUUUGUUGAACAAUUGAGCGGCAAUGAUAAUUCGCAUACCAUCGACCAUGUUUGCGACCUCCAUAGUCUUCACGAAUGUGAGAAGCAUAGUUGUGGUAAAUACCUUUUACCUCUUUGUUCUAGCGUAGAUUAUUUAUCCUGCGUAGAAUUCGUUAAUGUUUAUUUGUCAUGGAUUGUGUAUUUGACUGAGGAAUUUAGAGGUGCUAUGAGGGUCUUCCUAGAAGCAUUCUACAACAUCAAUUGUAAGGAAUAUGGUUGUAAGAAUUGUACGAAUGCUGUCAAAUGUCACGGCUCCGGUAUCAAAUGCUCAUGUAGAACUGUCGUCCAAUGCGCUGCAGUCCUCCCCCUUUUAUACCGCUUUGGUUUCACAUAUCAUAGUCCCACCUCGUUGAAUAGCACUACUGGAACGAAAAGGGAGUGCUUUCAAUUCGCCGAACAACUUCAAAAGGUGGUCAACAGCGCGUUCACUAAAGUUAUUAAUGCCAUCAACACUUUCCUCCUUAGCAUUCGAGAACCAUUCCUUCUAUAUCUCCUAACCUUCUGGCUCCUUGUGAUGGCCUAUCUAACCUGCGGCAUGGCUCUGCCACUGGACCUACUACACAUUAGGUCGCAUUGGAAACAACCAUCUACUCACCUGGCGCUACCAAUCAUUCUUUUCACACAGAAGACAAUGGAACCUUGUCAUUUGUGGUAUUUCAAACCAUAG